ACACACCCGCCACGAAAAAAGAAAACAAAAACCUAGCAACGUUUGACUCGGUAACCCAGCAGUGGUAAGUCAUUGUCACUCUUGUGGGAGCUCCCAAGAUGGACCUCCGGGAGAUUUAGCCUGCAGGGCUGACUUCAAGGAGCCGGACUCUCACCUCCAGGUUGCAAUUAAGCAACAGCAUCGUCCACCUAAAUCAGAUGACGAGUCCCCAGGAGUGCAGAGAGGCGACACUGGCUGCACACUGGCAGACCCUCUGAAAUACUUCUUUUUAAGCCACUAAAACAACAGAAAUCAUGUGCAGUCUUAUAGCCAGAGAAGACAAUGUGAGCUUAAAUGAGGAUCCACAUUGUGGAAACAGGAUGAAACUGACCAGUGAGAAGUUGCCCCAGAACCCUUUCUCUCUGUCUCAGUAUGCUGCUAAACAACAAAAAUUCUUCCAAUGGAAGAUGGAAAAGCCGGAUUAUUACUGCCAUGCUAAUUUGGUGGAUACAGCAUUGCAGUUCCUGAAAGAGAGAAUAAGGAGAGGGGAUGCUAUGGCGUAUUUUCUAAGAGGUCAACUCUAUUUUGAAGAGGGCUGGUAUGAAGAAGCCUUGGCGCAGUUUGAAGAGAUCCAGGAGAAGGACCACCAGGCAGUCUAUCAGCUAGGAGUGAUGUACUAUGACGGGUUAGGGACCGCCGCACAUGCCGAAAAAGGAGUGGACUAUAUGAAGAAAAUCCUUGAUUCCCCAUGCCCCCAAACAGUGCACUUAAAAUUCGCUGCUGCUUACAACCUUGGAAGAGCUUACUUUGAAGGGAGAGGUGUGAAACGAUCCGAUGAGGAAGCAGAGAGACUGUGGCUGUUUGCUGCGGACAAUGGAAACCCAAAAGCGAGUGUGAAGGCGCAAAGUAUCCUAGGACUGUAUUACUCAAUGCAGGAGCCUAAGCAACUAGAAAAGGCAUUUUUCUGGCAUUCGGAAGCUUGUGGCAACGGAAAUCUGGAGUCCCAGGGUGCACUUGGUCUCAUGUACUUUUACGGACAGGGAAUCCGCCAGGACACGGAAGCGGCCCUGCACUGCCUGCGGGAGGCAGCUGAACGCGGGAACGUCUACGCCCAGGGCGUUCUUGUGGAAUACUACUACCAGAGGAAGUUUUUCACCAAGUGUGUUGCGUUUUCCAAAAGGAUAGCGGACUACGAUGAAGUGCACGACAUCCCCGUGAUAGCCCACGUCACAGACUGUCUCCCGGAGUUUAUCAGCAAAGGCAUGGCUAUGGCGUCUUUCUAUUAUGCACGGUGUCUCCAGCUUGGCUUGGGCAUUAUGAAAGAUGAAGCAGCUGCCAAACACUAUUAUUCUAAGGCGUGCCGCCUGAACCCUGCAGUGACAGAUGAACUUCACUCCUUACUUAUUCGUCAAAGAAUUUAGACCACAAAGCAUCUCAACAAAGACCAUCAAUUCUUAUCUGAAACGUUUGUGUGUUUCCAGCAGCUACAUCUGUUAUUUUCUGAGCCUCUAUUAUAUUACCCAGGGUAUUUUACAGAAAUGUUACCUUCAUUCUUAUAUUUGUAUUCUGUAAUUUUAUUACAAACAAAAACUUAAAGGUCAAUCAGAUUGCUGGGCACAGUCCCCGGAGACACACCCUUAAUCUAUAGAGUG